AUGGGGUGGGAGAAGAGACCCCCCCGGCCCCUCGCCUGCUUCUUCUUCGUCUUCGUCUUCCCGCUGCUGGCGUCUUGGCUGGGGGGCUGCGACGGAAGCUGCCCCGAGAGAGAGCUGGAGCGGAGGGAAGAGGAGGCCAACGUCGUCCUCACGGGGACGGUGGAGGAAAUCGUCAACGUGGAUCCGGUGCAUCAGACCUACUCGUGCAAGGUGAGGGUCUGGCGGUACCUGAAAGGUAAAGAAGUUGUGACUCACGAGAUCCUUUUGGACGGCGGGAACAAAGUGAUGAUCGGCGGGUUCGGGGACCCCAUGAUUUGUGACAACCAGGUCUCCACGGGGGACACGCGGAUUUUCUUUGUCAACCCCGCCCCGCACCACAUGUGGCCUGCCCACAAGAACGAGCUGAUGCUAAACUCCAGCCUCAUGAGGAUUACUUUGCGCAACCUGGAGGAGGUGGAGCACUGUGUGGAAGAACAUAGGAAACUCCUUGCCGACAAACCGGGCAACUACUUCCCUCAACCUCUGCCGACCCCGCAGGAUGUGUGCCGAGGGGUGCUUUGUGGGUUUGGCGCCGUGUGUGAGAGAAGCCCCACGGAUUCCUCCCAGGGAGUCUGCGUGUGCAAGAAGUCCAUGUGCCCUUCGGUGGUGGCCCCUGUCUGCGGCUCGGAUUAUUCGACCUACAGCAAUGAGUGCGAACUGGAGAAAGCUCAGUGCAACCAACAGAGGCGGAUCAAGGUCAUCAGCAAAGGGGCGUGCGGUUCAAAGGACCCAUGUGCCGAGGUGAUGUGCAGUUUUGGCAGCACCUGUGCCCGCUCCACAGAUGGGCAUUCAGCCAAGUGCAUCUGCCCGACCUCGUGCAGCGGUGUGCCCGAGAAUACCGUGUGCGGCACUGACGGCAAGGACUACCGCAGCGAGUGCCACCUCAACAGGCAUGCCUGUGACAAGCAAGAGAACAUCUUCAAGAAGUUUGAUGGGCCUUGUGACCCCUGCAGGAGCACCCACAACGACAUGAACCGAGUCUGCCGGGUCAAUCCCCGCACCCGGCGCGCUGAGCUCCUGCCCCGGCCUGAAAGCUGCCCCCUGAAGCGGGACCCGGUGUGCGGCGACGAUGGAGUGACCUACGACAACGAGUGCGUCAUGGUGAGGUCCGGCGCUGUGCGGGGGAUAGAGAUCCAGAAGGUGCGGUCCGGGCAGUGUCAGUUUCAAGACAAAUGCCGGGACGAAUGCCGCUUUAACGGGGUAUGUCUCAACCGCCGGGGAUCCACCCGCUGCACUUGCGAGCGCAUCGCCUGCGACGGCGCCUACCGGCCUCUUUGCGGCAGGGACAGCCGGACCUACAACAACGAUUGCGAGCGCCAGAAGGCCGAGUGUCAGCAGAGGACCGCCAUCCCGGUCAAACGCCAGGGCCCCUGUGACCUGGGCACUCCCAGCCCCUGCCUGAGCGUGGAGUGCACCUUCGGGGCCACCUGCGUGGUGAAGAACCAGGAGGCCGUGUGCGAAUGCCAGCAGCUGUGUCAAACCGUGUACGAUCCGGUCUGCGGCAGCGACAACCUCACGUAUGGCAACCCCUGCGAGCUCGAGGCCAUGGCUUGCGCCCUCCGGAAGGACAUCCGAGUGAAACACAAAGGCCCCUGUGACCGUUGCGGAAAGUGUCGGUUUGGUGCCAUCUGCGAGGCAGAGACCGGGAGGUGCGUCUGCCCCACCGAAUGCGUUCCUUCCUCCCAGACGGUUUGCGGCACAGACGGGAACACCUACGGCAGCGAGUGCGAGCUCCACGUGCGGGCCUGCACCCAACAGACCAACAUCGAGGUGGCAGCGCAAGGAGACUGUAAGACCUGUGGUACGACGGUGUGCUCCUUCGGGGCCAAAUGCAUGGGUGGGCAGUGCGUCUGCCCACGCUGCGAGAAGCAGUCCUUGGCCCGCGUGUGCGGGAGUGACGGCAUCACGUAUGACAAUGCCUGUGAGCUGCAGGUGGCCUCCUGCCAGCAGAAGAAAGACAUUGAGAUCGCCAGGACGGGACCCUGUGAGGAUGAAUGUGGCUCAGGAGGAUCCGGCUCCGGGGAUUCUAACGAGUGCGACCGGGACAGCUGCCGGCGGUACGGCGGCUCGUGGGACGACGAUGUGGAAGACGACCGCUGUGUGUGCGACUUCACCUGUGCGGCUGUGCCGAGAAAUCUGGUAGGUGCCAAGCAGCCUUAUUGUGGGGCUGACGGAGCAACCUACGCAAACGAGUGCGAGCUCAAGAAGACACGCUGUGAGAAACGCCAGGACAUCUACGUCAUAAGUCAGGGAGCCUGCGGAGGCGUGCCAAGCCUUCCUCCUCCGCUGCAGGUGCUCCACUGUAGCCAAACCGUGUACGGAUGCUGUCCGGAUAACGUGACCUUGGCCCUCGGGGUCGGCUCCGCCGGGUGCCCAAGCACCUGCCACUGCAACCCCUAUGGCUCCUAUGGAGGCGGAUGUGACCCUGCCACAGGACAGUGCUCCUGCAAACCCGGUGUGGGGGGCCUGAAAUGCGACCGGUGUGAGCCCGGCUUCUGGAACUUCCGUGGUAUCGUCACCGACAGGCGGAGCGGCUGUACCCCCUGCGGCUGCGACCCCGUGGGCUCCGUGCGCGACGACUGUGAGCAGAUGACUGGCCUGUGUUCCUGCAAGACCGGCAUCACCGGCAUGAAAUGCAACCAGUGCCCCGACGGGAGCAAGCUGGGCAUGUCCGGCUGCGAGAAAGACCCUUCGGCGCCCUCCUCCUGUGCCGAAAUGACAUGUGAAUUUGGGGCGUCGUGCGUGGAAGUCAACGGCUUUGCUCACUGCGAGUGCCCGUCCCCGCUGUGCACGGAGGGCAACAUGACGAAGGUCUGUGGCUCUGACGGAGUGACCUACGGCGACCAGUGCCAGCUGAAGACCAUCGCAUGCCGGCAAGGACAGGUCAUCGAGGUGAAGCAUUUGGGUCAAUGCCAAGAAUCCAUCACAGUCGUGAGCCACACCACCUCACCGACAACCACACGCCCCCUGGACUCCCUUCUCCCCCCACCUCCUCGGACUACCCCCCUCACCUUCGAGACAGCCAGGACGGCGGCCAGCUCCCGGCACUUCGAAGUCAAGGCUUCCCCUCAGAGCCACCCAGUCACGAGGAGAACAACCACCGCUCGCCCGGCCACCACUGCUUGGACGCCACACGGUGUCCGUCGGACCACCAUCCGCCCCCUCUCUACGGCUCCCGUCGUCCCAGUCACCACCCAGCCAGCGUUUGUCGAAUCCGGCAGCGCAGAAGGCAGCGGGGACCAAGAAAUUGGCAUCAGCGGAGAUCAAGAAGCUAGUGGGGCAGGUUCCACUGGGGACCAGGAGAUGGACGAGACGGAGGUCACGGGCAUUCCAACGAUAGAGAGAGCCACUUGCUAUAACACCCCAUUGGGGUGCUGCUCCGACGGCAAGACAGCCGCUGCCGACGCAGAGGGAAGCAACUGCCCAGCAACCAAAGUAUUCCAGGGAAUUCUCAUAUUGGAAGAAGUGGAAGGCCAAGAGCUCUUCUACACGCCGGAGAUGGCCGACCCCAAAUCGGAACUCUUCGGGGAGACUGCCAGGAGCAUUGAAAGCGCGCUGGAUGAGCUCUUCCGCAAUUCUGACGUCAAGAAGGACUUCAAGAGCAUCCGGGUGCGAGAUCUGGGCCAGAGCAAUGCAGUGCGCAUCAUCGUCGAAUCCCACUUCGACCCAGCCACCUCCUACACAGCCGCCGACAUCCAGAGGGCCCUUCUGAAGCAGAUCAAAGCCUCCAAGAAGAAGACCAUCUUAGUGAAAAAGCCGCAGCAGGAGAACAUCCGAUUCAUGGACUUCGACUGGAUCCCCCAGCUGUUCACCACCACCACCACUACCACAACAGCCACCACCAUGGCCCUGCCCGCUGCCACCACCCGCCGGUUCACCACCACUGCAGCCCCCCAGGCGCUCUACCCAGGGAGGCCCACCAGUAAACCCCCCGGGGCAGCCACCACCAGGAGACCGGUCUUCACCAUGCCAGCCACAACUGCCAGGAAGAAGCCCACGCGCCCGUCCCCCACGAAGAAGCCGGCCCGGCCUUGCGACUCUCACCCUUGCCUGCAUGGCGGCUCCUGCGAGGACGACGGCCAGGACUUCACCUGCAGUUGCCCAGCUGGGAAGGGGGGAGCGGUUUGCGAAAAAUCCAUCCGAUACUUCAUCCCUAGUUUUGGUGGGAAAUCUUACUUGGCCUUCAAAAUGAUGAAGGCCUACCACACGGUGCGCAUCGCCAUGGAGUUCCGGGCCUCCGACCUCAGCGGGCUGCUCUUGUACAACGGACAGAACCGCGGCAAGGAUUUCAUCUCCCUGGCUCUGGUGAACGGCUUUGUGGAGCUCAGGUUCAACACCGGUUCCGGGACUGGUGUGAUUACUAGCAGAGUGCCCAUUGAGCCCGGCAGGUGGCACCAACUCGUGGUGAACCGGAACCGACGAAAUGGCAUGCUGUCCGUUGACGGGGAGCCGCACGUGAACGGGGAGAGCCCCAGUGGUACCGACGGGCUGAACCUCGACACUGACCUCUUUGUCGGAGGGGCACCAGAAGACCAGAUCACUGUGGUGGCUGAGCGCACCUCGGUCACUGCCGGCCUGAAGGGCUGUAUCCGCCUCCUGGACGUCAACAACCAGAUGUACGACCUGCGGGAGAAGGGCAGCGACGUGCUGUACGGGAGCGGCGUGGGCGAGUGCGGCAACAACCCCUGCCAGCCCAACCCCUGCCACCACGGCGGCCUCUGCCACGUCAAGGAGGCAGAGAUGUUCCACUGCGAGUGCCUCAACGGCUACACAGGACCCACCUGCGCCGACGAGAGGAACCCCUGCGACCCCAACCCGUGCCAUGUCUCCGCCACCUGCCUGGUGCUGCCAGAAGGGGGCGCCAAGUGUGAGUGCCCAAUGGGUCGAGAAGGGGAGUUCUGCGAGACAGUCACGGAGCUUGACCAGACGGUGCCCUUCCUGCCAGAGUUCAACGGAUUCUCCUACCUGGAGUUGAACGGCCUCCAGACUUUCGUGCCGGAGCUACAGGACAAGAUGACCAUGGAAAUUGUGUUCCUGACCAAGACCCCAAGUGGCAUGAUCUUCUACAACGGGCAGAAGACAGACGGCAGAGGGGACUUCAUCUCCCUGGCCCUGCACGACGGCUACCUGGAGUACAGAUACGACCUUGGGAAAGGAGCCGCUGUGAUCAAGAGCAAAGAACCGAUCCCACUGAACACCUGGAUCAGCGUCUUGCUGGAGAGGAACGGACGCAAAGGCGUGAUGAGAAUAAAUAACGGUGAACGGAUCAUGGGGGAGUCUCCGUUACCUCAUGCCCACCUGAACCUGAAGGAGCCCCUGUAUGUUGGGGGAGCGCCCGAUUUCAGCCGACUGGCCCGUGCCGCAGCCAUCUCCACCAGCUUUGACGGGGCCAUCCAGAAGAUAUCCAUAAAAGGCAUCCCGGUCCUGAAGGAAGAGAGCAUCCUCAGCGCCAUUGAGAUCUCCACCUUCCACUCUCACCCGUGCACCCAGAAGCCGAGCCCUUGCCAGAACGGGGGCAUGUGCAGCCCCCGCCUGGAGAGCUACGAAUGCUCAUGCCAGAGGGGCUUCUUUGGUGCCCACUGUGAAAAAGUCAUCAUCGAGAAAGCAGCAGGAGACUCAGAGGCCAUCGCCUUCGACGGCAGGACGUACAUCGAAUACCACAAUGCCGUGACCCAGAGUGAGAAGGCCCUGCAGUCAAACCAUUUCGAACUGAGCAUCAAAACGGAAGCCACGCAAGGCCUCGUCCUCUGGAGUGGGAAAGGGCUGGACCGUUCAGACUACAUCGCCUUGGCUAUUGUGGACGGCCACGUCCAGAUGACCUAUGACCUCGGCUCCAAGCCUGUGAUCCUGCGUUCGACUGUUCCCGUCAACACAAACCAGUGGAUCCAAAUCAAAGCCUACAGAGUGCACCGCGACGGGUCCUUGCAGGUCGGCAACGAGUCCCCCAUCACGGGCUCCUCUCCUCUGGGAGCAACGCAGCUGGACACGGACGGGGCCCUUUGGCUGGGCGGACUAGAGAAGCUCAGCGUGGCCCACAAGCUCCCCAAAGCCUACAGCACCGGCUACGUCGGCUGCAUAAGGGACGUAAUUGUGGACCGCCAAGAACUGCACUUGGUGGAGGACGCUUUGAACAACCCCACCAUAUUACACUGCUCGGCCAAAUGAGACGGCGACUGACUGACGGGCCCUUGCCUCCUCCCUCCCUC